AUGUUGACUCCAUUCUUUGCGUGUUUCAUAUUGAAUCUGGUCGUUGUUUCUCAACAACAAUCGAACAACUUGAUUCUUGGCUUUGGUGAUUCGUACACAAGUGGUGGUGGUGGAUCAGGAUCCUAUCCAAUUGUCGCUGGUAAACUACUCAAUUGGCAGGCAAAGAAUUUUGCCGUCGGUGGAUCCAAAAUGAACAACAUACCGGCACAAUUAGCAAAGGCUGGAGCUGUAUUGAACAAUGCUACUCACAUUGUUUUUACCACUGGUGGCAAUGAUUUAGGCGUAGCCAGUUCACUUCAAGCAAUCAUAAUAAACAACAACUAUCCUGCUGUAGCAGACAAAACAAUAUCCCUUAAACCGCAACUUGUGUCCACUUACAAGUUAAUCAAAGCAUCAGUUCGUCCAAGCACUAAAAUCUAUGCUUUGCCCUAUGUUGACUUCAUCAGUCGCGGCAAUAAAAUUCCUAAUGAAUACGACGCACAUCGUUUGAUGGACCUCUUAUCAGAUACAGUGAAAGCUGCUGCAGAAGAAGCUGGUAUUGGAUUCAUUGAAGCAGUAAAGACCGCUUUUGCUGGCCAUGAAAUGUAUUCUACUGAUCCUUACUCUGCCGGUUUAAGUGGAUCUGGUGCUGCACAUCCUAAUGCAAAGGGUUAUUCGAGAAUCGGUGAAGUUGUGGCUGACUACAUUAAAAAGAACUAA